CCUUCAGCAUGCUCUGCUCCAGCGACAGCAGCGGCUUCUUGGUGGUAUCUUGGCCAUGACAUACAUUUGACAUGCCCUCCUGUAACCCGCUGGUAGACGGUUUCUCUUGUCCUGCAGCAUGGACCAAAGGGAAAUUCUGCACAAGUUCCUGGAGGAGGCCCAAAACAAGAAAACUAACAAAGAGGAGUUUGCUGAUGAAUUUCUGAAGCUGAAAAGACAAUCCACCAAGUACAAGGCAGACAAAACCUAUCCCACAACUGUGGCUGAGAUGCCCACGAAUAUCAAGAAAAACAGAUAUAAGGAUAUCUUGCCCUAUGAUCAUAGCCGAGUAGAGCUGUCCCUGAUCACCUCGGAUGAAGAUUCCAGUUACAUCAAUGCCAACUUCAUUAAGGGAGUUUAUGGACCCAAGGGUUAUAUUGCCACCCAGGGACCCUUGUCUACAACUCUCCUGGACUUCUGGAGGAUGAUCUGGGAAUACAGUGUCCUGAUCAUUGUUAUGGCAUGCAUGGAGUUUGAGAUGGGGAAGAAAAAGUGUGAGCGUUACUGGACUGAGCCAGGAGAGCUACCGCGGCAAGUUGGCCCUUUCUCCAUAUCCUGUGAAGCUGAAAAUAGAAAAUCUGAUUACAUAAUCAGGACUCUAAAAGCCAAGUUCAAUAGUGAAACUCGAACUAUCUACCAGUUUCAUUACAAGAAUUGGCCAGACCAUGAUGUGCCUUCAUCCAUAGACCCUAUUCUUGAGCUCAUCUGGGAUGUGCGUUCUUACCAAGAGGACGACAGUGUUCCCAUAUGCAUUCACUGCAGUGCCGGCUGUGGAAGGACUGGUGUUAUCUGUGCUAUUGAUUAUACCUGGAUGUUGCUAAAAGAUGGGAUACUUCCUGAGAACUUCAGUGUUUUUAGUUUGAUCCAGGAAAUGCGAACACAAAGGCCUUCAUUUGUUCAAACUCAGGAACAGUAUGAACUGGUCUACAAGGCUGUAUUAGAACUUUUUAAGAGACAGAUGGAUGUUAUUAGGGAUCAACACUCGGGAACAGAGAUUCAAGCACAAUAUUCAGUUCUUGAGCAAAAUCCCACUCUAGAAAGAGAGUCUGAUUCUCCUAAUUUACCAAAAAGUGGCAUAAGAGAAGCAAAUAUGAUGAAGCAACAGAGCAAACCAAGGCUAAGGGUGAAAAGUGCAGAAGCUUCUUCCUUUGACCUCAGGACUUCUUUAAUAAGUGAAAAGAAAGGGUUGGUUUUGCACCCUACUGAACAGAGCAGUGCUUUUGACUUUUUGGAGCUAAAUUGUAGUUGUAACAAAAAUGCUGACACAACCACGAAUGGGGAGAAAAAGGUGUUUGCAAUAGCUGGGGAGCCUCUUCAGAAGCAUCAGAGUUUAGACUGGAGCGCCAUUUUGUUUGGAGCGUGUCCAAAUUCUAAAUCUGCUGAUGUAGCAGGAAGGUAUUUUAAUUCAAAGGAGCCAAUAAUGCGGACCAAAUCAACUCCAUUUGAGCUGAUACAACAGAGAGACACCAAAGAGCUGGACAUCAAGGAAAAUGUUUCUUGUUUGGAACCUCAGCCCCACAACUCUUGUCUUAAGCAGGCUCAAAGAGCGAGGCAUGUUUCUUCAGCAGAACUCAAUGAUUCACUGCCAUCUGGCUCUCGGCCCCAAAUGUGCAAUGCCUCUGAUGCAAAGAGGCAGGACUCUCAUGCUCUUAAUGUAUAUUCUUACAUGUCUUUAGAAGAUCCUUAUUUCUUAUCAUUGUCUCCAAGUAGUGCUGGUUCUAAGAUGUCUCUUGAUUUACCUGAGAAGCCAGAUGGAAACAUUUUACCUUGUUCCCCAUUGCCAGCAUCUUCUACAACCCUCUUUUCUUGUUACAAUUCACAUGAUUCUUUAGCAUUGAGUGCUCUAACUGAUUACCCCCAACAGAACCCAGAGACAGCGGUAGUAGCAACUUCUCCAAGGAUAGAUGAUGAAGUCCCCCCUCCACUUCCUGAACGGACACCUGAAUCUUUUAUUGUGCUGGAGGAAGAUGGAGAAUGCCCACUGAAUGUUCCCAAUUCCUUAUCUUCAGCUGUGGAGGCAGAAGUUGGAGCAUCACUAGAAUGGAGUGGAACAUCUGAGUCAAGGACAUCUGAUGACACUGUGAGACUUAGACCAACUAAGAGUGUAAAACUCCGGAGUCCCAAAUCAGAUCUACAUCAAGAUCGUUCUUCUCCCCCCCCACCUCCACUCCCAGAAAGAACACUGGAGUCCUUCAUUCUUGCUGAUGAAGAUUGUGUGCAGGCUCAGCCUAUAGAGACUUAUUCUACUAGUUGUCCUAAUACGGAAAAUUCAACAUCUUCAAAACAGACAUUGAAGACUCCUGGAAAAGGUUUCACAAGGACUAAGAGCUUGAAAAUUUUGAGAAACAUGAAAAAGAGUAUCUGUAAUUCUUCACCAAACAAGCCUGCAGACGCCGUUCAGUCAAAUUGCUCCAGCUCCUUUCUGAAUUUUGGUUUUGCAAAUCGUUUUUCAAAACCCAAGGGACCAAGGAAACCACCACCAACUUGGAAUAUUUAACACAACUUUGGAAUAUAGGCUGCAAGUGCAUCUGCAAAUAAGAAAACUAGAAUACUAUUAGCUAAAAUAAGGUUUCCAUAUUCAUAAUUUCAACAAUGAAGAUACUGUAAUGUGUUAACAGCAAUAUUAGAAAAGAAUAUUCAAAUAAGUGCCAGAAAUUUUACAUUUUCAUCUCAUUUAUAUUGGGCUGGAAACUGGAAAUAAGUUUGUCACUUGAGCUUUGUAGAGAACAGUGUAUGAGAAACAGUUUUAGAAUGGACUUAUUUUUCAUUUUGGAAGUUAUUUUUAUUCUACUUUUCUACAUAAAUAUAAACUUCAAAAUAUUUUUAAGAAUUGGAUCUCAAAUGAAUGUUUACAUUGCCAGAAUUUACUGUAGAAAGUGUUUCACAAAAUCUGACACGUACUUGUGACAAUGACUAUUCCCUGGGAAUUAUUUUUGCCUAAAUGGAAUAUACCUUGCACAUCUUCCCAAAGGUGGAAAAACUAGAGUAGUAAGAAAAGGAGAAGUUAUAUUUAAGAGAAUAAAAUAUAUAAAUAAGGAGAAUCAUUUCUCUAUUUGGAUAUAUCCACUAACAAGAUGUUCAACUACAUUUCUGAUAAGUUUGGACCCAAGGUAUUCAGUUACCAAGUCAGGAAGAAUAAUCAGCAAAAUAGCUAUCUUUUGGUAGCAUUUUUCAUUUCAAAAGUCCUACAUUAAUAUGUGCAACUUAUAUCCAACCAAUCAGAGGUUUAAAAAAUUUCCUAUAUGAAUAUGGAUCUGCCUUAUUUUUAGAAAAUCUGAGUUUUCAAAUCUGAUUUUAUGUAACAUAUUAGUGGGUAAUUCCUGUUACAGCGGAUUCCCGAGUUCUAAGGAUUUAAGUUUUUUUUUAAAACUUAGGAAAGUUUAUUUUUAACUUUUAGAAACAUGAAAUACUUAAACAGCAUUUGUUUCAUUACGAAGCCUAAUGAUAGGGCAAAUUGGAUGACAUCUUAACCUGUUUAUUGUAGUACAAUGUACACAAUGGGUGCCGAAUAAACUGUUUUUAAAAACUAA